AUGGACCUUCGUUCGCCGUCAAUCGCUGCCAUAGGCAUUAUUGGCCGAAAUAAUAACCCGUUACAUAUCGCUCUGUUCCCAUGCAUUGUCACUGCCGCUGAGCAACCAAGCAAUCCUGCGCCCCAAGAACGUGAUGAACUGGAAUAUUCGAUGAUGCUCAAUUCGUGCCUCGAUAUCUUCGAGGCGCGCAUGCCAGUCAAGACCGCCGGGCACGACUUUGGAUUGCUACAAGCUCUCGAUGAACGACUCGCGAUGUACGGCUGGUUACUCAAUACUGGUAUCAAGCUGGUCAUCGUCGUCGACAUGGAAGGCCGUCCAGCCGAAGCGGGACGCUUGACAAGUGCUUUGGGCUUAAGAAACAGCGACCUCACUCCGGCAUUCCAGGCACUGCAAACAGCAUAUAUAAAUCUUCUCCGGAACCCAUUCUACGUCCCCGACGAACAUGAUCCUCGCCUGUCAAGCAAAAGUCGCGGCGCAUCGCUGCGUAUAGAAAGCCCCAAAUUUACUAGCGAGGUUGAGCGCAUUGGAAACGCCUGGUACCCUGGAAUUGCGUCUAUCUGA